AUGGCAUCAGGCGGAGACAGUUUACUGGCGUUAGGUGGUAAACGUACAACGGGUCAGUCGAUACGAACCCAGAAUGUGAUGGCAGCCGCAGCCAUAGCGAACAUCGUCAAAUCGUCAUUGGGUCCUGUCGGAUUGGACAAAAUGCUGGUGGAUGACGUGGGAGAUGUAAUCGUAACGAAUGAUGGUGCCACGAUAUUGAAACAACUUGAAGUGGAGCAUCCAGCAGCGAAGGUUCUUGUUGAGUUAGCUCAAUUGCAGGAUGAGGAGGUUGGAGAUGGUACCACAUCGGUAGUGAUAUUAGCUGCGGAGCUGUUGAAGGCAGCUGACGAGCUGGUGAAACAUAAACUACACCCAACUACGGUCAUUAAUGGGUACAGAUUGGCCUGUAAGGAGGCGGUGAGGUACAUGCAGGAGAAUCUGUCAAUAGGAGUGGAGGAACUGGGCAGGAGCUCGGUAAUUGGCGUGGCUCAGACGGCCAUGUCAUCGAAACUCAUUGGACCGGAUUCGGAAUUCUUUUCGGAGAUGGUCUACUCGGCAGUGGAGGCAGUUAAGGUGGUGGAUCAACACGGAGAGGCGACUUAUCCGAUUAAGGCGAUUAAUAUUCUGAAGGCGCAUGGCAAGUCGGUCAGGGAGAGUACACUGGUUAAUGGAUACGCACUUAAUUGCACAGUAGCUAGUCAG